CUCCCGGCCUCCCGCCCCGGUCCGGAGGAGGCGAUCCUUCCAGCUGUUGGUUCAACUUCAGUCACGAACUCCCCAGCAGGUGCCCCCGGCUGGGCCACGUCCCUCCACAGUGCCUCGGCCACGCGUGCCUGCGGUGCGGCCAGCCUGGCGUCCACGGGUGCGUCUCCCCGGCUGCACCAGGAGCCCGGACGCGCUCCCCCGGAGAACACCACGCAGCAGGGCCUGGCCGGUGUCACCCGCGCCAGCGUCCCUACGGCCUCUCCCGGCUCGCUGCACCAAGCGCCGGGCAGCUGCGUCUUCCUCACGAGAUGCAGCUCAGUUCUCUUACCAUCCCUAGGCCGAGCAGGCAAUCUUAGAGAUAAAGGCUGCCAAUGCCACGUAAAUUGUCAGGUUUUGUAUAGGCUGAAAUCACUGCAACGCUGGAGAAUGGUUUUCAUCUGGUCCAUGGACCCCUGUGGGUCCGCCAACUGUCUUUACAGCAUCUGUGAGAGAUGUCCACCCCAAAAACAUGACAGGAGGGAAAUGCAAAGGAAAGUAUGCACGCUUAUGCAGCAAAUGUCUAUGCAACUGUUGUAGAAGAGCUAAUGAAAGGAAAGCAGCGCAAAUUUAUUGCCGUGGAGCAGGAAUUCUUUCGACUCUGGUGGGAUGCAGUAGCCACAGAUACACAGAAGCAGCAGGUCCAUCAGUUGCUUCAGGAGGGACGAUUGGAAUUUGUCAUUGGAGGACAAGUGAUGCAUGAUGAAGCUGUGACACUAAUUGAUGAUCAAAUUUUACAGUUGACGGAAGGCCAUGGAUUUUUGUAUGAAACUUUUGGGAUCAGGCCUCAGUUUUCUUGGCACAUUGAUCCUUUUGGAGCUUCGGCUACAACACCAACUCUUUUUUCUCUGGCUGGUUUUAAUGCUCAUCUUAUUUCUCGGAUUGAUUAUGAUCUGAAGGCUGACAUGCAGAAAAACAAGAAGCUUCAGUUUGUAUGGCAGGGCUCUCCUUCCUUAUCUGAAAGACAGGAGAUCUUCACCCAUGUUAUGGAUCAGUACAGCUACUGUACCCCAUCGCAAAUACCUUUUUCAAACAGAUCAGGAUUUUAUUGGAAUGGAAUUGCAGCUUUCCCAGAUCCACCAAAAGAUGGUGUUUAUCCAAACAUGAGUCUCCCUGUUACAGAUAGUAACAUCCAUCUGUAUGCAAAAACCAUGGUGGCAAACAUUAAGGAGAGAGCAGCCUGGUUCCGAACAAGUGAUGUUUUAUGGCCAUGGGGCUGUGACAAACAGUUCUUUAAUGCAUCUGUUCAGUACUCCAACAUGGACCUGUUGUUGGAUUAUAUUAACAAGCAUUCUGAUGAGUUUGGAGUGACUGUCCAGUAUGCUACUGUUGGUGAUUACUUCCAAGAAAUUUAUAGCAGAAAUCUUACAUGGGAAAUUCGGGACUCUCAAGACUUUCUUCCAUAUUCAACAGAGCCAUUUCAAGCAUGGACUGGGUUUUAUACUUCUCGGAGCACAUUAAAAGGAAUCGCAAGGCGGGCAAGUUCACUGCUUUAUGCUGGAGAGUCCUUUUUCACACAGUAUGUCCGGAAACACCCAGCAAGUUCUAUUUGCAAAUGUGGAGCCUUAAAGCAACUUCAGAGCCUUAGAUGGGCAGUUUCAGAGGUCCAGCACCAUGAUGGUAUAACAGGCACAGAGUCUCCCAAGGUGAAGGACAUGUACAUGAAUAACUUGAUGUAUGGAAUAUUCAACGUAAAGAAGCUAAUGGCUUCCAUAAUCUUUGACAUGAACAAUGCGAAGAAGAACGGAGAGGUCUAUUCUUCUGUUUACAAUAAAGACUCAGGAAUACCAGGUGCUACAGAUGUUGACCAAUAUGUUGUUGUCUAUAAUCCACUGGCAUGGAACAUCACUACCUUUGUCACAGUUUCUGUCAGCCACUUAGCAAUGAGUGUGUAUGAUGAACUGGGACUUCCUGUACCGGCACAGGUUCAAAGCUCGGUGGAGUCCCAUUCUACCUAUGAUCUCUAUAUUCUAGUUGCAAUAAGUGGUUUGAGCUACAGAAAAUACAGUAUUAAAGCCUUGAAUGGUAAGCAGUCUGCAUUUAUUGGAAGAUCAGUCAAGUACAAGCAAAAAGACAUAACUCGUGCAGAUCAAGAAAGUCAACAGUUGCUUCCUGUGGUUAACAACUGCUACCGAGUCUUGUUUGACCAAAACACAAAUCUAAUGCACAGCAUUACAGAGAGGGAGACUAACCAGACUGUCCAGUUGACCCAGGAGUUCCUUGAGUACCAUGUGAAUGGAGACGUGAUGAAAGGACCCAUUUCAGAUAACUACUUAUUUGCCCCAAAUGCUUCAGCUGUUCCAGUAUCAAAAGCAGUGGGAUUGGAAGUGGUUUUUGGAAACUUGAUGACAGAGAUACGGCAGUAUUUCUACAGUAAUGUUACCGCUCAGGAUUACAUAUAUGCAGUAUAUACCAGGAUGUAUACAGUACCAGAAGGCUACGAUGGGAAGUUGCUUUGCCAUAGGAUAGAGCAAGAAUACAGCGUUGGGCCUUUGGAAUUAAAUCGUGAAGCAGUUCUAAGAACGAGCACAAAUUUGAACACCAGGCAGCUACUCUACACUGACAGCAAUGGGUAUCAGAUUCAGAAAAGACCAUUCAAGGCAUAUAUGAAUAACACAGUGGCUCGGAACUAUUAUCCUAUGGUCCAGACUGCCUACAUUGAAGAUGAUACCACAAGGCUGAUGCUCCUUGCAGAAAGAGCUCAUGGUGUCUCAAGUCAAGGAAAUGGACAAGUGGAGGUGAUGCUUCACAGAAGACUAUGGAACAACCUUCAGUGGGACCUGAAUUACAAUCUCACUUUGAAUGACUCUUCAGUGGUUCGCCCUGUGAUUUGGCUUAUUUUAGGAACCAAGGAUGUCACCAAUGUGUUGUAUCGGACAAGUGGAUUGGCAUUAGAACACAGGCCAGUGGUAAUGUUUGGAGCAUUAUCAGAAGAUAAAGCAAAGCUACCCAGACAACUUCAGCAGAAUUCAGUCCAUGGUUCACCUGUAACUGUCCCACCUAAUCUUCAUCUCCAGACUCUGAGCAUUCCAGGGUGGAGAUACAGCUCUAAUCAUGCAGAGCAGGUCCACAAUGUCCACAUGGGUAAACAGAAGCAAGGUGAUGCAGACUUCAGUCGUGUCCUGCUAAGAAUUAGGCACUUGUAUGAAGUUGGAGAGGAUCCUGUGCUGUCUCAACCUGUGAUGGUAAAUCUGAAGUCUUUGCUAAAUGGAUUAGGAUCAGUUAUCCUAGUGGAAGAGCGAUCACUCACAGGUACCUGGGACGUAAACACUUUGAAGCGGUGGAAAUGGAAGACUGCACAAUAUCCAAGCAAAGGAUUCUCCAAGAGUACAGAGACCUCAGAAAACUCUAUAGUAACUGUUCACCCAAAGGAAAUAAGGACUUUCUUUGUAUACUUUCAAGGUCAAUAAAGUUUGACAUUUUAUUUCAGGAGUGAAUAUGUAAUAGCUUCCAAUUUUUGUUUCAAGACAUGAGUAAUGAAUGAUCUUGAAAAACAUUUUACUGCUGUUAAUGAAAGAAAUAGUCAUUUUGGAAUAAACUAAAUUUAAUUAAACUGUUGGCGUGCGUUUAUGGGUAUUUUUGUUGUUUAAUUAUUUACAACUCGUAUUUUUUCUGAAACCUGUUCAAUUCAAAAAUACAGAAAUGACCUUGGUGUUGCAGUGCAAGCAUACUGAACAUUUUUGUGCUUGCUGUGGAUGGUUUUAAAGUGACUGCUUCUAUGAUACUUCACUGCAGAGCACUGACAGUCAUAUUAGUCCUACAGUCUUGAAUUGUCUUUCUAAUUAGUGGUGAUCUCCAGAGUCUUUUCCUAGGGAUUUUAUUGUUAGAGGAGAUGACUUCCAAACCACAGAACAGUGAUUUGCCAAAUUAUGUUCUGUUUCUACAUGCAAGAAGGUGUGCCUGUCAUAUUUUUCAGCUAUUGUGUCUUUUGGGCAACAAUUGCAAAGUUUCUGCUUUGAUGUAAACUGAAAUCGAAUGUACUGUUUGUAUUCCUUUUCA